AAACAAUAGUUUCCGGAAAUAAACCGACAAUCACGAUUGUUGUAAGGUUGAAUCUAAUCGCAAUGACAAAACGAGUUCCCAAAGUGAAAAAAAAAGUCAACUUUGGACAAGUCUCCGGAAUAUUUGAAAACGCGCGCUACAAUAUGUAGAAAUAACAAUCGCUCGCCGGUCACCUAGGUUGGGACAGAUAGAAAAUACGGGAGUGAGGAGACAAUUUUUUCAGUUUAUUGAAUGUUCUGCAAAGGCUUCUCAUCAGGAGUCAGACGUAUCGUAAUGUCAGCGAUGAAGAAGCCCGAGAUACUUUUCGUUCUCGGUGGUCCUGGCUCUGGGAAAGGCACCACGUGUUUCGAUAUCACUAAAAAAUUCGGUUACGUCCAUUUGUCAGCGGGUGAUCUGCUACGAGAGGAGAGAGCCAAACCCGGUUCUGAAUUCGGCGAACUCAUUGAGGAUCACAUUCGCAAUGGCACAAUUGUACCUGUUGCAAUAACCUGCAGUCUCCUCGAACGCGCAAUGAUGAACUCUGACAAUCCAAAAAACAGAUUCCUUAUCGAUGGUUUUCCGCGUAAUCAGGACAACGUUGAUGGAUGGACAAAGGCGAUGGCGGAUAAAGUGAUACUCAAAGGAGUUAUAUUUUUGGAGUGUAGCGAAGAGAUAUGUACAAAGCGUUGUUUGAACCGAGGCCGUCAGGGCAGCGGUCGUACGGACGACAACGAGGAGUCGUUGAAGAAGAGACACAAUACUUACAUAAACGACACUAUGCCGAUAAUCAACUAUUACGAAAAAUUGGGGCUCGUCUACAAGUUCGACUCGUCUCAGCCAAAGACGAAGGUGUUUCAGGAGGUACAAGCAAAGCUGGAGGAAAUAGGAUGGUAAGGCUCAGGGAGAAAGGAUCCGCUUGGAGAUCUCAAAGGACGAAAAUCACAGAAUAAGUUCGCUAGUUCAUUCGUUGGGAACGGAGGAGGAUUCACGUUGAAUCGAACCUAAGAAUGACGUAGAUGAGGAGCGAAUACUUCAACGCAACGGUUACUCAUUUAUCAUGAUUUUUCUUUUUAUAUAAAUAUAGUGUCGGAACUGCUGGAUGAUGCGACUGAAUAAUAACAAAUCAGAGUUAUAUUUUUUCCAAGCUGCUACGAAGCGGUCUAUAAUUAAAAGAGGUAAAUGGAAAAUAAGAGAAAAAAAGACGAAAUGCAAGGAGACGCUAGUGACAGAGAUUAACUUGAUGACAUUCCUUGUGCGAGGGUUGACAUUCAAAAGCAAAGGUGCUUUUCACAUUAAUCGGAGUAAUCAAGACAACAAUUUUACUAGAUUUAUUCAACAAAAUGUACCCUCCACGAGCCAAUGAAGCCUUUGAUCAAGCCAGAUAUCUUUUAUACACUAUACAAUAAAAAGUAUAAAUAUAUAUUAUAAUAUACAGUUAAAUAGACGUGCAGCUACUAUUCGUUGCAGUCAUCAAGGGGGAACACCCUUCUAACACAAAUAUUAUCAUGAUCGUGCCGUUAUUUCAGAGGGUAUUAGUAAGAGUAUCAAAUUAUAUAGAUUUAGAUAAUGCGGCGCUUACUCACUAAUGGUAAACAAUGAAAUAUAUUAUUAAUAUCCACAA